UACGGUACUACGCUUGGAUACUUUUUUCAUAACAAGUCAGAACAUGCCAUAAGUAUUGUCGAGAAAAAAUGCAGGAUACCUCAGCAAAACGACACACAGUUCCUAAUUAUCCACCACAGUCUGCUGUGCCCGCAUUUCCGGCAUUGGCAACAAUAGAAAAACCAGAAGGAUGUUUCAAAAGAAAUAGCAAAAAUAAACCACAAUCGAACUCUUCUGGAGCAGCCGCUUUAAUAUUUAUCUCUGCUGGUAUGUUCCUGGGAGAUCCAGGCCCAAGAGUUUACUUCACCAACAAACACUGGCCAAUGAGUUGGUUCAUUGGAGCAAUAGUCGGUGUUAUUUUGGGCGCCAAUAUUUGUAACAGAAUACCAAAGAAACUGAUAACGUGUUUUGCUGCAUUGUUGGUAACCGUUUCGGGCAUAUUGUUGGUGGCAGAUCCACGCUCAGAGGAUGCCCUGUUGGCAGCACGUUACAUCAAUGGCUGUGCCUUGGGUCUGGUAUUCCCCCUGACAUUUGUUCUGGUGGGUGAAGAAUGUGUGAAAAGUUUACGUGGUAUGAAUGCCGCCGCCGUCGGUUCGAUGUGCCUACAGUUGGGCUCAUUUAUACAGUCCAUUUAUUCGUUUAGUUGGCCACAGGAUGCCUUAUUCGAUGGCGCCCAAAAGAUGGGUAUACUUUCGAUUUUCUGCGGAUUCUUAAGUUUUAUUAUGGCAUACACUAUGCAAUUGGAAUCACCGAUUUUAUAUUUAGCACAUGGUCAGGAGGAAAAAGCAAUCGAUAUAUUAAGACGCCUACUGCGGCCAUUUACAGUAACACACGAGACCUAUGAACAGCUAUCGGAACAUAAACAAUAUUUGGCCGAAAGUUGUGAUAUCAUCGGACUGCCGGCUCUUUUGAAAUUAUCUUUCUAUAGGGCAUUUUCGGCUGCUAGUACCUGUUUCUACAGCUACUUUGCUUUUUCCUAUGCCGUAUCAAUUGCCUUUCGAUACAAUGAUGUAUGGGCUUAUAAUGUGUAUAGUUUCUUGGCAUGGAUUGGAACACUGAUGGUCACCUUUAUAAUCGAUUCACAGGGUCGUAGAACACCAACGAUUAUUGGAUUCUUUUGUUGUUCCUGUUUUAGUUUUGCCAUUGGCGGUAUUUUUAAUGACAAAUUAAAUAUCAGAAAUCGUGAGACAAUGGCGGUAGUGGUGUUCCUCCUGAUGGCGUAUCAAUUGUUUGCCUGUAUUUCAACAGCAUCAUCAUCUGUAUAUCUUUCGGAGGCAUUUCCAUUGGCCGUAAAACCUUACUAUGUUGCCAUUACCUUUAUUGUGGAGAUGUGUAUUCACCUCUUGAGUAUUGUCAUUUGUUCGAGGCCGUUGCGUUCCAACGUUUACGAUUUGCCAGAAUACUUCAACACUAUGGAUUAUGCACACGCCUCAGCAAAAAUGCGGUAA